AUGGUCACUCCAAACAGAGCGUCUCUCUUGAGAAAGGGUUUAUAUACACCAACGACACCUACCAGUCUUCCUUUAGGGAAGACGUAUAAUGAAGAUUCUCCAUUUUAUCAUGAUCAUGCAAUGUCAUUCACACCAUUGAGUCAAAAUCGAGAUCACACUCAAGCGAUAAGACAUACGAGAAUGAGGAACAAGACUCAAAUGCCUUUCACUAAAGAUUGUCUACCAGUUCAGGGUACAACAACCAAUGAGAGUCUCUUUGAAUCCCCAAAACAUCGCAAUAAUUCACAUGGAUAUAGCAGAAAUCAAAUAAUAUUUUCACCAGCCUACAGCCAUAUAUCAACCCCAGAUGCGCUUCAUUCUGACCGUACUUAUGACACCAGUCUACUUUCACCAAAUAGAACCCCUACAAAUGCAGAGCAGUUAGAGGAAUGUACGACACCUCGAUUAAAUUAUCGAUAUAACCGUACCGACCUUAUCAGUCGAUUGAUAGACGAAGACAUUCGACUAGAAAGAAUAGAAAAAAAUAUACAAGCAAUUGGAGAAAUGGCAUCAAGUAUCUCCAGAGAAUCACAUAAAGCAAUAUCAGUCUUCAAGUGUAUCCGGUCUUCACCAAUCGACAAAGACAUUUUGGAAAACCAUAGAGAUAUUUCAUUACCUGACCCUUUCCUGUCUCGACCAUUCUUGAAUAAUCAAACUCCAAUUUUAGAAAAUACUCCUGAAAUACGGACAAUGAGAAGUAUUACAAUCAAAGACUCGACGAACAAAGCAUCAAGCUCAUAUGAACAUAUAAAUAAUCAAAACAAAGAGGAAACAUCUGCGGAAUCCGUAGCUCUACAAAGAACAAAAGUAAAUAAUAUCUAUAUCAAUGAUUUAUUGUCUCAGCAAUUAGCAAAUCGAGGGUCUAUUAACCACACACCUCUCAUAAAUCAUUUGUACGCCAAAAUUACAUCCCAGAAGAAUUAUGUCCAUCAGCCAUCAUCUGAGGAAUAUAACCUAUCAGCACAGAACGAGAAUCAACACCACCGCAAGUAUGCGUUAAAAAGGAAUUCCAGAGCAAGACACAAUAGGCCUACUCCAUAUGCACGACAGACCAGAAAAGAAAAUUAUGAAGAAUCAGGUCAUAUACGCACACUGAAAGAAGAGUUGGAUUUGGCUCAAGAAAAAGAUAAUAAGAUCAGGCUAGAAAAACAGUAUCGAGACAUCAAGAACAAAUGUUUCUCUUUGGAAGAAAAAGAAUUUGGUCAAUAUAAACUUGACGAAGAAGACCCUAUACUAGUUGACUUAUUAAGCACAGAUAUAAUUUGGAAAGAUAAUAUUGGCCAUAUUUCGGGCGAUGAAUGGACAUUCGCUGGAAAACAUUAUCUACUCCAUGAAAAAUAA